CUCUCCUCUCCAUCAUAUCCAUCCCCUUCUUCCAUUAUUGAGGAUAUAAUACACACAGCCAAAUCCGAUCCUUCUCUCUCCCCAAACACCUACGAACUAGAAGAAGAAGAAGAAGAAGCAUAAGGCCCUAUUUGCAACAUAAAACACGUUUUAAACUGAGCCCGAGUUCAUUUCCUUUGCUACUUCUUCUUCCUCUGCUUUAAGCAGAAGAAUUAAGUACAGGAACAAGGGAUGUGCAAUUAACAGAUAAGAAGAACAGGAGAGGUAUAUAUCAUGACAUGGUGCAAUAAUGAGUCCGAAGAUGAGGAGAGAGCAGCCAUUGAUGAUCACCCAAUCUCACCCUCUUCUAAACACGAUGAGGUUCCCACCAAUAACUGUCCUUCCUGCGGCCAUCCUAUACAACCCCAAGAUCAGGCGGGUAUUCAGGAUUUGCCGGGGCUGCCCGCCGGCGUGAAGUUUGAUCCAACAGACCAAGAAAUUCUGGAGCAUUUGGAAGCAAAGGUGCUGUCUGAUAACCACAAACUUCACCCUCUCAUCGACGAGUUCAUCCCCACUCUUGAGGGAGAGAAUGGAAUUUGCUACACUCACCCUGAGAAGCUACCGGGAGUCGGCAAAGAUGGCCUAAUUCGUCACUUCUUUCAUCGACCUUCGAAGGCGUACACAACAGGAACCAGAAAGCGAAGAAAGGUGCACACCGAUGCAGACGGAGGCGAGACAAGAUGGCACAAAACAGGCAAAACCAGGCCAGUUUUCAUCUGCGGGGCGGUGAAAGGGUUCAAGAAGAUACUAGUGCUCUACACCAACUAUGGCAGGCAAAGGAAACCCGAGAAGACGAACUGGGUAAUGCACCAAUACCACCUAGGCAAUAAUGAAGAAGAGAGGGAGGGAGAAUUGGUAGUAUCAAAAGUUUUCUACCAAACACAGCCAAGACAGUGUGGUUCAACCAUUAAGGAGUCACAGACCAAAAAACCCAAGAGUACCAUGAGCAGGCACCACCAGAGUCCCAUAGCUAAGAGCCCCGCUGCCAUCGUUGAGUACUACAAUCAUCCUUUCAUGUCUUACGAUGAUGGAAGCCAUAAUAGAGAAAGCCCACCUCAGUUGAUACCCAAUUUGGUUGUCCAAGGUGAUGGGUCUUCCUUCAUUCGUAUAGCUUCCAAUGCAAGCAAAGGAAAAGUGUUGUAGAAGAAAUAGACACAUAUGGAGUUGGAAGAUGGUGCAUGGCUAGUGGGAUAACAAUGAAAAGGGACUCUUACCGUUGCUGUGUAUUUGUCAAAUAAUAAAUUAAUAGGUAAUGAGAAUUAGUAGUGAAGAAGAGAGGUAAAGGAGAAUAAAAUGGGUGGUACAAAUAGUAAAAAGAUAAAAGAGUCAAAUUUCUUCUCAAAUGGGCAAUGAAGAUUUGGCUGUACCACUGUUAAUUUGUAGAGGAUUAACUGCUUUAUACGUAUCCUCUGCACUGCACUAGAUGUUCUUGUAGCUAUAUAUAUUAGGCAGAGAUUACACGAGGAAGGUUGUGCAUGCAUGCACUAGCUAUUACAACAUUUUAUAUGGAGAAGCUAUGCUGAUUGUACAAUUGUAAAGAGAUGACUUUUACAGUAUCUAGCUAGGUAGGAUGUCAAAUUUUUAAGUUUCAUUAUUAUAAUCAUCUUUAUAUAACAUUUUUUUUUCUUUUAUUAGUACCUAUUUUGAUGGACUUAUAAAUCAAUGGAAUAAAUAUAUAUUGUAUGA